UAUCCAAUUAGAAUGAUCCUAACACGAUCAAGACAGAAGCUGUGAAUAAGAAAAGCAGCAAGAAAUAAGGUAGACGCUUCGUCAUUUUUUCUUACUGUUUGCUCCUUUUCCUACUCCAUAAUUCAAGCUAGAAUGCGUACACUCACCCUUCCAUUCAAAUUUGUUUGAACGUAUUUGUGAUCGCUGGAGACAGUAACGGAGCGAAAUGAUCGCCGGUGGUUGCAUUGGUUGAUCGACCGAUUAGUCAGUUUUCGACUGGAUUUGAAAGAAUGACAUUAUCCUGAUAAAUACGAACAGGAUACGCACUCUCAAAAUGAAUACUUUAUCAGCCACGGCUCCAGUUUUAGCUCACAAAUCGCCUACAAUUUGCUCGAUCGUAUUCAGGAAGUUUUCAGUCGAUAAGACAGCAGUUUUGCCCAAAUCGUUCGAUGCUAUUCCUGGACCAAGAGGACCACUGGGCUUUGGAAAUUUAUUCCAAUAUAUCCCUGGUAUCGGUAAAUAUAGCUUCGACGCACUUCACCAAUCCGGCCAGGACAAAUAUGAAAAGUACGGUUCAAUUGUCCGCGAAACUAUGGUCCCCGGACAGGACAUAGUUUGGCUGUACGACCCGGACGACAUUGCUACCGUGCUGAACGACAAAACGCCAGGAAUCUAUCCUGCGCGACGCAGCCAUCUAGCGUUGGCCAAGUAUCGACGCGAUCGGCCCAACGUGUACCGCACAGCCGGACUGUUGGCCUCGAACGGCAUCGAGUGGUGGAAAAUACGAUCAGAAUUGCAAAAAGGGCUGAGCUCGCCUCAAAGUGUUCGCAAUUUCUUACCGCUGACCGAUCAAGUCACUAAAGAAUUUGUGGCCGGCAUCAAACCGACCGAAGGAGAGGAUGAUGUUACUGAUUUCAUGCCGGCCAUUUCCCGGCUUAAUCUUGAGUUGAUCUGUCUCAUGGCUUUUGACAUUCGAUUAGAUAGUUUUUCGAAUGAGCAACUGCUUCCAAAUUCGUUAUCCUCACGUCUAAUGGAAGCAGCUGAGGUGACCAAUCAGAAUAUUCUACCAACGGACCAAGGUUUUCAGUUAUGGAAACUGUUUGAAACCCCGUCCUACAGGAAACUUAGAAAAGCUCAGCAAUUCAUGGAAAAAACUGCCGUUGAAUUAGUCUCACAGAAAUUACUAUACUACAAUGGAGAUCAUCAAAAGCUGGCUUCUGGCCAACAUAAAUCCCUGCUCACGGAAUAUCUUAGGAAUCCGAAUCUUGAGCUUAACGAUAUCAUAGGAAUGGCAGCUGAUCUUCUGCUCGCAGGGGUUCAUACAACAGCUUACACCACUGCUUUCGCGUUGUACCAUUUGUGUUUGAACCCAAACGCUCAGACCAAACUGUUCCAGGAAGCGGAAAAGUUGCUGCCCGAUCCCUGGACAAACAGUAUAGAAAUAGCAGCAUUAAAUUCAGAAGCUACCUACUGUCGUGCGGUGCUAAAGGAAUCUCUCAGACUGAAUCCCAUCUCAAUCGGCGUAGGCCGAAUUUUGAAUAAGGAUGCCAUACUUGGAGGGUUCCACGUACCCAAGAGUACCGUGGUGGUGACACAAAAUUUGGUCUCCUGUCGACUGGAGCGUUACUUUAACAAUCCAACCCGCUUUUCACCAGAUCGCUGGAUGCGAGCGACCAAGGAACCGGUGCAUCCUCACCUGGUACUUCCUUUUGGCCAUGGGAUGCGGUCGUGCAUAGCGCGACGAAUGGCGGAGCAAAACAUGCUGGUGCUAUUAUUGCGGUUGAUACGAUCAUUCGAGCUGGAAUGGGCUGGCAGUGUACCGAUGGACAUCCAGACGAAACUAAUUAAUCAACCGGACCAGCCGAUCAAAAUAAGGUUUCGAGCACGACCGCGAUAGCGAUAGGAUAGGAAUGAUGUCUACAUUUUAAUGUUUUCCGGAGUACUUUUUCGAUAUUCUACGCAGUUCAAAUUAUCAAUGUUGAAUAAAUCUCAUUUUUACAAGCAAAAUAAACGUUACCAAGAUAGGUUUAAAAAUGUUCGUGAUAAGAAUUACUGAAUAUUUCCCAAGCGUGGAGCAAUUUAACCUCGAAGAUGUUGAAUUUG